AUGGAGUUGACGGGUCAGAAUAUCUUUCUUGUUACUGACAUUCCAACAUCUGUUAAGACAUCUGACUUGCGGCGAAUAUUUUCUCAGCACGUUGAAGCUGGCGCCUUUGCGUGUUUUCAUUACCGUCACCGUCCGUCAUCCUCGCGCGUUUUUCUCACUUCUCACAGCAUAGUCGAUGCGGAUGUACUUCUGCGCGCUCUAAAGCGACAUCGUUCGAGGAGAGCCCUUAAGUGUACCGCUCUAAUGGCAAUCAAACCUGCCUACACUCGGGGAGUCCUGGGGUCAUUUGAGGACUCGUGGUUCACCGACGCCAAAUGUGGAAAUUUCCCACCCUGCAAACUCUAUCGUGUGAGCUAUGCACCAUCUCAUUUAAAUAGUCUUAAGGAACUUUGUGAAUUUUCUCCGCCUUCUUGGAUGCCCCAGGGAAAUGCCGGAACUCCCAUUUCCCACUUUAUCUCUCUUAUUCGAUCGUGUCAGUUGGGUUCCGCCACUAUCCGAAGAUUAAAGCUAGACUUUCCUUGUUUCAAAAGCAAUCGAAAAUAUGGCAGCGUUCCAUACUUCUACCCUGGCAGCACCGGGAAAUGCGACUUGAUCACGGACACGGAGGUUGAAUUAGAGAAACCAGUCCUUCAAACUGAAAGUGGACUGAUCCUCUCAGAUCCUGUUGUCGCCGACGAAGUUGCUGAGGAGUGGGAUCGCUUUGAGGUCCUCCAUGAUGACCCUUACGACGUGAACAGGAGCAGUAAGCACUCUCUGAAAUACGAGAGCAAGAUUGAACUCAAGUGGGAGAAAGGUGGAUCUGGUCUGGUGCACUACACUGACGAAAUGUUCUGGAGGGAAUGCGGAAGCGUACGGAGGGACGAAUUCUUCGGCGAACCUUCCUCUUUUGACUGGGACAUCAAUCUACACCAAUGCAGCGAUGACGAAGGUCUGAGCUUCACAGGACCCGGUGGGCUGGAUCUCGACAGCAAACAGCUUAACCAGAUUCUUGAAGAAUCGAGUGAAGACUGCGUAAAACCUUUCCUAUCCGUGUAUGGGGCUAGGAUAAUGCAAAACCAAGGGUGGCGCAGAGGUACUCGUCUCGGUGAUCCAAAACGAAAAGGCUUGCUGGAACCACUCACCUCGGAAGAUAGUUAUGUAUCGACUAACAGAUCCGGUUUUGGAUUUACUGUUGCAUCAUUUCGCCCUUCCUUAACGAAAGACUUCUCCCAAUUCCCGAGUAGCGUGUACAUCCGUUCUGUUUUUGACAGCCCUGAAGUUGUGUCACUGCGCAGCGACACCGCUUACCACGAAACGGAUUCGCGCAACUGUCAAAGUGCAAUUGGUUGUCAAUGCGCCAACCGUGAGAAACGUCUCGUUAUCAAUAACCCCCACAGUUCCAUUGGAAUCGAGUGUGUAAAAUUUCAUUUUGGCGGUAUUAUUGGUUCAACGCACAAAAAUGUACAGUAA